AAAUGGAGUGCACUACUGCGAGGAAUUCAUUAUAAUAAUUCAUUCGUCCCAUCGUCAUUGAUCGACGAUGUUUACCGCAAAUGCGAUCUAAAUAAAAUUGAAGGUCAUUAAGGGCAACUUAACAUGGCGGGUAGAUAAUUAUGGAAGGUACACCACAGAGAUGAUGUGAAUUUCCUGUUCUGUUUUUGAACUUGAUUCGAUGGAGCUGCGAAGUCGGUGGAUGCAUUUCUUAACAGUACGGAAGCGUUGUGUUGCAUUAAAUACAGACUUCUUCCUAGUGUGAUGGAGUGCUUACACCUGUUGAUAAUUGUGACAGCAUUAGGCUUUUCAGAUACAAAAUAUUGUACAUAUUAUGAGAAAGGCUUAGAUUGGAAAAGCUGGAAGACAAACUCGUCAUCUUACAACCUUCAUUACAAAAUUAAAAAGUCCAGAGUUUACUGUAGCUUUGAUGAAUACUGCUGUGGAAGUAGCUGUUGUAGGAAUACCAGUUACACUACGUACAACUACUACUACUACGACAGUUACAAGUCCACAUACACAGAGGACAGCUAUGAAAUUUCCUCUGGUAGCUCGCUGGGGAUAGCGUUUGCCCUUGUUGUCGGAUUUUCCUUUUGUAUAACAUGUUGUGUUGCCUGCUCCAAGCGAAGCGAAAAUACAGAUUCACCGUUGCCUAUGAGAAAUGCACAACCUAUUGUUGCUUAUUCUUCAAACAAUGGAACUGUAGUGAUACGACACACACAGCAGGACGAAGUUUUAUCUACGUCAUCAACAUCUUCCACCUCCGACAGGGAAGGCAGCUCACAUGGAUCAGAAUUACAAACAAUUGGCCCUAUACGUUCAUUUGGAUCGCCUUCAAAUGGGAUUCAGGGUCCAAGACUCUCUGCAAGUGCAAUGGAAGAACCCCCGCCACCUUAUGACGUUGUUAUGUCGCAAAAUUAUCCCAUUAUCAAUGAGACUAAACAUACAGAAUCAACUGAAGACGAUUCUUAAAGAUUAUGUUGGAAUGAGUAAUAUUAUUUCGAUUAAGGUACAUGUACUAUGUAUGAUCUUUGAGUUUGUUUUUGUUUUUUGUUUUGGUCAUUCGAUUGUUGUUUUCACCUCUUUUUUAUUCAAUUAAACAUAGCAAAUUAGACAUCAUCUUCACAAAAGAAGAAUGAAUUUAUUAAGAUACAAAUACCACAUUUCUUUCACUGAGAAAAAAAGUACCUUGUUUAGCAGAAACGCCAAAAUAUUUUGGGAAGUUAUCAUAAAGUUAAAAGUAUAUGCUACAAAUACGUUAUAAUCAAAUCCUCAAGGAUCAAGCACAAGUAUUGUAGAUAACUUUUAUUUCGCGAUACCUUAUUUCUGCGUGGAUACACUGAUAUAUUUAUUUACGAGACAUAAUUUUCGAGAAUCAUCAUUUAUUGUUUAGUCUUCUAUGUGUAGAAGUUUUUUUUCGUGAGAACUUUUCGCAAAUGGCUAGUAUCGCAAAAUUACACGAAAAUAAUAUUCUUGUGAAUUAAAUGUGAUUUAAUGUAAAUUGAAAAGUGAUCACACCAUCCAUCUCCGAGAUCGUGCAUGUAAUUCUCUCACUGUGAAAAUCAAUACAUUUUGAUGUACUAGUCUCCGGUUAAGAAUUAUUUACAGUUUUGAAAACUAUACAAUAAUUAUCCUUAUAUAACUCAUGCGUGUCCAUUGACAGAUAUUUGCUCAAUACGGUGCCACAAACAAUUGACUUACUGAAUAUGGUGAGUACGAAAGACCUGAGGGGGUAUGUCUUUAGUCUUAUAAGCAAAAAUAAUUGGAAUCGCGAUUUACUCAAUUAGUUCUCGCGGAUGACUAAAUCCGUUCCCACGGAUUACCAAAUCUUUUAUUUAAGCUUAUAAUGAAUUUGGUUCCAACUUAUCGUUAUGGUUGGUGCUAUUGAAUAUCUUAGUUAUUCAAAAUUGUGUAAAGCACUGGCGAAUAAAUCAACAAAAAUGAAUUUUCAUUAGCUACACGAACCUAUUCAAAAGGCAAAGCACGAGAGUAUGUGGAGAGGCGUUUUACAUGUAAUUUCUGAUUCUGUUAUGAAACACGUAAUGGUAAGAAAUGGUGGCCACGUGAUCUUGAAUAAUAUCAUGGCUUCCUCCCCUAACAAAAAUGAUAAUCACAUGGUGUGGAUAACUUGGUAACUAACACAUUUGUACUUAUAUUUUUACUACGAUUCUUGUGGUUGGUUAUGAAGGCAAUAUGGAUUUUUGGAAUAAAAAACAUGAAGUUGA